GAACCCAUAGUUGUCCUAAACAGUGUCCUAAAUGCUCCCUCUAUGGUUAUUUCCAUUAUUGGCAACAUUUUGUUGCUCGUCGCCGUAUUGAGAACGCCUUCGAUCCGUUCGCCAAGCACAAUUUUGCUGUGCAGCUUGGCCCUGUCUGACCUUCUUGUUGGAGUGGUAGUUCAAUCACUGUACCUUGCUGCUUUCUUAAAAAGAAAUCAUUCUGUGCUAAACGCAUCAAGAACAUUGUCUUUUAUUGCAAGUGGUGCUUCUUUAUUCACUAUGACAGCCAUAGCAGUGGAUCGGUUCUUAGCCCUUCACUAUCACAUGCGAUACGCAGCGCUAAUGACUACAUGUCGCGCAAAGUAUUCCCUAAUGGCCCUCUGGACCGCUGCCGCCUUGUUAUCAAGCUCAGGUUUCCUGAAUAGGAAUGUCUAUGAAUCCACUGUAGCUGUUUCUAUCUCUAUUUCCCUUUUUAUUAGCACCAUUUUUUACAUCAGAAUCUAUAGUAUUUCUCGACGGCAUCAAAACCAGAUUCACCUUCAACAACAGGCGGUGGAAAGAGUGAAUAUCCAACGGUUUUCUUCAAGGCUAGAUUCAAUGGAAUCAUCAUUACCCACGCAUGAGAUAUUCCAUUAAGCGCCAAACAAAACUGCCAACAAAGAGAAGGUUAAAACGUACAAUGAUGACAAGCAAGUUUGAAGCAAACUAUUCCAGUAAUUCAUCAGCUAACCCUAACAUUGGUUUUGAGACAGUGGUAACUGUAAACUGCAUCCUCAAUGCACCUUUGAUGUUGCUAUCCAUCAUUGGCAACGCUCUUCUAUUAGUCGCCAUAUUGAGGACGCCAUCGAUUCAACAAGUAUGUGAUGAAACAAGCCAAGCAAACUAAAAGGCAAAUUGCGAUAAAAAAGCUGCGAGAAAGUGAUAAAUACUCGGCGACAAAAGAAAUAAAAACGAGAAUAACGUGAUAAUACACCAAAUAGUUAAUAUUGUAUAGAUUGCCCGGCUUGUUGUCAUUAAUUUUGGGUACUGCAGGUGACAGUGGAGAGCUAAGAAACGAUCCACUGUUAUGGCUGUCAUCGUCCAAAGAGAGACACCGCACCCAGCAAUACAAUUUUUCUUACUGCUUUCUGUAGUGCUGGGACGGUUCUUACUAUUAGUUUUGCUAUAUAAGCUGGUUCUACCCGCGAAGGUGUUUUCUACCUAAUUCAGGCCAUAAUUUUAUCUGCGAAUAACCCUCUGAAUUCACGGCGUUAUUUAUAGUUUGAGGUGAAUAAUAGCUGCAUAAAGCGAAGCGUUAAAUGACCAUGGUUUAAUAUUUGGGGAAAUGAUCUGUAUUUCUUUUAAUCGUAGCAUUCAUAUUAAUAUGAACAAAAACGGUCAUGAAUAAGAUCGCAACGCACAUUGGGCGGAUGCGAUUCCGUGGAAUAUGCAAAUUAUUUCCUUUUUAUCUGAUGACUGCAGAUUCUAUGGUAUUGUUUGAAAAUUGUAUUUCAAAAAGAACCAAAAAAACUACAGACAAUAGAUUCUAGAAACCUUAAUCAUAAUUAGAAAGAAUAGAGGAAAUUAAUAUCCAGAGAAAAACGAUAAUUUGCUGUCUUCGUUUUUCUUAUUAUUUUAAUUUAGAUUCAUCUGUUAUCUUAGUACGUAUGAAGUUUCUUCUAUUUCCCAGUUUGGGUAACAAUUCAAUAUAUGCAGAUUUUGUGCAGAUCAGUAGAAUAAAAUUUUGGAAUCCUUCUUAUCUGAUUAAAAGUAUUCGAGAUCGUUUCAUUUUAGUUUAAAUUUUGUAAACUGCCUCUUACAGUUGUUUUCUAAAAAAGAGGCUAUUAUUCAGUUAUCUUGACCGAAAAAGCUUGGUCGAUAAAAGGUUUAUCAUAUGGCAAAAAUAUUUCACUUUGGUAGGAAUCAAGACUAAAUUAUUUAUUUCGAGAGCCAGGAGAGAAAGCCAAAGGUGUUUUUGGCGCACCAAAACAACGAGAAGAUUUAAUUUUUUCUUUGUUUUGACUGACUCUUACCGGUUUUUUUGCAAAUUAAUCACCGACGUUGCCCAAGAAUUAUGAUACGCGUAAGUCCGUUCGGACUUGUGCACAAGUAAAUGCUGUGAUAUUUUCACGAAAAAAAAAGGUAACCAAAUCAAAAUUCUGCACCCACUCCACUUUUUUUUCAGUUUUUUUCUUAAUCUCAUUAAUUUAUUUGCUAUCUAAUAUAAACAGUUGAUAUUCUUUUGUAUGGCGUCACUUUUCUAUUUUUAACUCUAACUUUUGAUUAUCUCCAAUUCCUUGCAAACAAAGAGAAGGUUAAAACGCAUAGUGAUGACAAGCAAAUUUGAAGUAAACUAUUCCAGUAACUUAUCAGCUAACCAUAAAAUUGGUUUUGAGACAGUGGUAAUCGCAGACUGCAUCCUCGAUGCACCUUUGAUGUUCCUAUCCAACAUUGGAUAUUGAAGACGCCAUCGCUUCGUUUACCGUCCGUCAUUUUUCUCUGCAAUUUGGCUGUUUCAGAUCUUCUGGUGGGAUUAGUGGUACAACCAGUUUAUAUAGUAGAACAAAUGGUAAGAAUUGUUCCAAAACUACAAGAAGCAGUAGGAGCAAUGAGAUUUGCUGGGUGCGGUGUCUCUCUCUCGACAAUGACAGCCAUAACAGUGGAUCGUUUCUUUGCUCUCCACUAUCACCUGCAGCACCCAUAUUUAAUGACAACAAGCCGGGCAAUCUAUACAAUAAUAACUAUUAGGUGUAUUAUCACGUUAUUCUCUUUUUCAAUUCUUUGGUCGCCGCGUAUUUAUUAUUUUCUUGUAGCUUUUUUAUCACAAUCUGCCUUUUGCUUUGCUUGGUUUGUUUUAUCAAGAUUUACCGAAUUGUUCUCCGGCGUCAGUUGCAAAUUCACGUUCGACAAAAAGCACUGGAAAAUUCAACUGACACAAAUAAACAGCAAAUACGAAAAACAACUAAGAGUGCAAAAAAUAUCUUCAUAUAUUUCCUCGUCAUGAUUUUAUUCUACACUCCAUUGUUUUUUGUUCAUAUUUUUUCAGCCAUUAAUAAUUUAAACUCAAGAAUUCUCUUGACCUUUCCGGUUACUUUAGCAUUCAUGAACUCGUCUAUCAAUCCAUUUCUAUAUUGCUGCCGUAAUACCCGGGCUCCGAACGGCAGUUUUUAAAACAGCAAGGCUUUUGUCUUGCAGAGAAAUGGAUUAAAGCGCUUCAACCUAGAAACAAGUCAUUGUACAAAAUCUAAAUGUAUUGUAGAAACAAAGUUCUCUUAUCGUUGUGACUCUUAAGGCUAUGACAUCAUAAGAUAUUUCAAUUCGUAUUUUCGCGUUGAUCAACUAUCAGGUGAUCCUUUGGACCGUUUUAGCCGAAGAUCUGUAUGAAAAUAGAAAAAAGAUAGAGGGAAAAGAAAUGCGGCGAAUUAUAGUUCCCAUAGACAAUAAGGGUUUGGAAAGGGGAAAGUAACAAAUGAAUUUUCUGCUUUAUAAUUAUGUGAAGGUGCACUAAUUUUCAACACUUUUAGCUCUAAAUGUUAAUGUGAGAGGACAACUUUUGUAAUAUUAUAUACUUAACAUAAAUGUCACACUCGUAAAGCCUGCAUCAAAAGCCUUGAUAAGGUCUAAAAAAAAUCAGCAAAACAGCGCCUGACCAUGUUGACGACAAGCUGACUUACAUUAGAGAUAGAGUCCUCCGCUUGUUAAUGAAUGCAUAGUAAUUAAGCCAAAUAUAACUUGCCCAGAUUUUGCAUGAAACGAAAAGGUUUAGUUUGCGUCUCGGGACUCCAUCAAUACAUUCGCCAGCCAUGCUUUAUAUCAGCAAUUUAACCCAAUCGGACUGUCUUGCACUAUUUGCGCAACCAACUCAACUGGUUCGCCGAUCUCUCCUCUACGUAAUUGGCCAUCAAAUAUUCAUUGCUUCAUCUGAACCGUUUUCAUUUCAAUUUGCUCGACAGUUUCUCAUGAAUAUGUUCAAGCUUUUUUCAUCCAACACAGUUAUGGCUGGGAACAUAAAGGAUAUUAUUAGAAUCAAAAACUUCACCAAAUUGUGUGAAAAAUUAAUGGAUUUUUAACCAAAAUGAAGUCGUUACGAAUAACAGUCCACAACAUUACAACUUUGCAUAUUGUGUUUCUUAAAUACUUUCUGCACGAUUUUUCUUUGCUUUUCUCUUGCUAUUUACAUAACGUACGAUUUCCGUGAUCAAAUAGAAGACUUAGUUCUUCGUUUAAUUGAAAGCGAAAGUCGUCGAAGUACAUCUCAUAAGAUACCACAUGGUAAUGAUUCAUUUUUACGCCAAUCUCUGCCAGUCGGAAUGCACUGUGUGAGUUCAUUGACAUAUUUAUCUAGCCUUUUUUACGUUCAAAGAAGAAUUUUACAACAAAUAAGAAGAGGUUUAGAGUAGAGUAGCUUCUUUCAUCCUCGCUAUUAAUUAAAGAAAUAAGGUGACACAUUUCAAUUAAAUUUUACAAGUUCAUGUUUGGCUUCUCUCUUGAUUAAACAAUCAUGAAUUUAAAAAAAAAAACAUGUUAAGAAAUCAAUUAGAUUCAUCUGUUGUUUCUGUUCGUGAAUAGCAUCCUCUGUUUUCCAUGUUUGGGUGAAAAAACAUUUUGAGAUCCUUCUGGUCUGAAUGGAAGUAUUCAAGAUCAUUUGCCUUAGUUUUAAUUUUUCAACUUCUUCUAACAGACGCUUUUUGCGUUACUGAGGGUGUUAAUGUCUCGACAUACGACAAAGGGAAAAGCAAACAUUAUUCACUUUUCAUAACGAAAGCUUCGAAAACUAAAUUAUCGUAGCACACCUGGCCUCAAUUGAUUUACACGUCUGACUUUAUUAUUCACUUCAUUUAAAACAAGCCUUCGUUUGUCAGUUCAUCAGUUUAUCGAUAGAGGCCAAACACGAACAAAUAAAAUAUAACUUUAAAUGUGUCGCCCAUAUUCUCUAAUUAACAGCAGAGAUAACAGAAACACAUCACUACUAUUAAAGUCCUCUCCUUCCACUCAAACUCUUCACUCCAUGUCAAAAUAGACUAAUUGAAUAUACCAAAGCGCUCGUAUGUAUAUAGUGGUCGGCUAAAAUUACCGCGGAAAUAAAUUCAUCGCCAUAUGGUGAAAAUUUACCUAACGUUCUGUCUAUCAAAAACUUUCCCUCUUAGUCAACCAAUAAACUGAAAGUUUUAAUUUACCCCAGCUACAUUAUAUCCCUUUAAAAUCUUGAGAAAAAUAAGAGAAAACCUUGCACCGGGUAUCAAGAAAAAACAUACUAUAUUCAUAGUUUUGGCAUUGUGGGUUAUAUUUAUUAACUUUCCUUCUUUUUCAAGUAACAGUCUGGCUCCACAACAAGUUCAUAAAGUCCUUAUUCGUGAUACUUUUUUUUGAUUAAUCAACUUGACAUGCUCUGUCAAAUUCACGACAGACUUAAAGGCAAAUUAAAAGUAAAGCAACAGAAGUAGAGCGAUAUAUAUUUCAUGGCCAAAUAAAUAUGGGGAAAAGACUACCACAUUCAUCGAUGUUGAUGUAUGAUAGUUCGCGUUAAAACGCACGUGAUGCUUAAAACGAUCAUCAACUAUCAUGACCGUUUACCUAUUGCUAAACUGAAUGGCGUUAGCCUUAAAUCCUCUUAACUGAUGGUGUUUCCAUUAGGCGUUUGUUGUAUACCAAAUAGGACUUUUUUCCUUUUUCCUAACCACUGAAAGCUUAAUUUGUCCUCGAAUAACACAAUGUUGGAGCUAAAAGCAUUAAACAUCGCGACACCCUGAUUUAAGUCAAGACACACGGAAUUUUUUAUUAGUUUCUUUCGCCGUUUCAUUGUCAAAGGUCCCUCUUACCUUCGAAGGGAUCUAAAUUUCAUUUCUCCUCUUUCCUUCUUUUUGCUUUAACGUUUAAGCUUUUGGCCAUAAUCUUUCUUAAGGACCUUGCUUUUCUUGCUUAACUCAAGAAUACGAUAUAUUGAUACAUGUGCGGGUUAUAACGGUCGGGGAACUUUUUCUAAUGAACUCUUAGAUUUUGUACAAGACCUUGCGAAAGAUUUGUUUCGAUUUAGUUCUAGGUCAGAACUCUUUCAUCCGUUUCUCUGCAAGAAAAAAGCCUCGCUGCUUUAAAAACUGCCGUUCUGAGCUCGGUCAUACGCCAACAAUACAAAAAUGGAUUGAUAGACGAGUUCAUGAGUACCACAGUGAAUGAGAAAGUCGGUAUAACUUUUAAAUCCACACCAAUAAAACCCGAAAUAAUUACAACAAUCGAAAAUGGAGAGUAACAUAAAAUCAUCGCGAGGAAAUAUAUAAAAAUAUUUUUUGCACUCCUAGUUGAUUGUCGUAUGUGAUGGUUGUUUGUAUCGUUGAAUUUUCCACUGCUUGUUGUUGAAUGUGAAUUUGCAACUGAUGCCGACGAACAAUUCGGUGAAUCUUGAUGAAACAAACCAAGUUAACUGAAAGGAAAAUUGUGAUACUAAAGGCUGAAACAAAACAAUGAUAAAUACUCGGCGACCAAAUAUAUGAAAAAGUGAAUAACAUGAUAAUACACCAAAUAGUUACUAUUGUACAGAUUGCCCGGCUUGUUGUCAUUAAAUUUGGGUACUGCAGAUGAUAGUGGAGAGCUAAGAAACGAUCCACUGUUAUGGCUGUCAUCGUCCAAAGAGAGACACCGCACCCAGCAAAUCCCAUUGCUCUUACUGCUUUUGGUAUUGCUGAGACGGUUCUUACUAUUUGUUCUGCUAUAUAAGCUGGCUGUACCACCAAUCCCACAAGUAGAUCUGAAACAGCCAAAUUGCAGAGAAAAAUGACAGACGGUGAACGAAUCGAUGGUGUCCUCAAUAUGGCGACUAACACAAGAGCGUUACCAAUGAUGGAUAGCAACAUCAAAGGUGCAUUGAGGAUGCAGUUUGCUGUAACUACUGUCUCAAAACCACUCUUGGGGUUAGCUUCUGUGUUGCUGGAAUAGUUCGCCUCAAAUUUGCUUGUCAUCAUUGUGAAAAUAUUUGAAGGUUUUGUUCAGCGUUUGAUAGAAUAUCUGAUGGAAGGAUAGUGAUAACUCAUUUGAAUAUGGCCUUGGGGAAAAAAACUAUUUAAGAGUAAAAUUGGGCCAAAAUUGUAUCUGCAAGUAACCUAAUGAAUUCACGACGUUAUUUGUGAUAUUUGUUAUAAGUGAUCCGUAUUUAUUUUAAUCAUAGCAAUGGGUCUUGUUAGUAUGAAUAAAAAAGAUCAUGAAUAAGAUCGCAGUGUACAUUGAUAAGGAUGCGUGCAAUUCCGUGGAAUAUGCAAAUAAUUUCCUAUUUUCUCUUAAACUGUCUAUUCUAUGUUAUGGUUUGAAAAUUGUAUUUCAAAAAGAAGCCGAAAACUACAAACAAGAGACUCUAGAAACCUUAACUAUAAUUACAAAGAAUAAAAAAAUUUAAUAUCCAGAGGAAAACGAUAACUUACUGUUAUAUAUAUUUCGAAUAUAAACAGUUGAUAAUCUAUUGUAUGGCGUCACUUUUCUAUUUUUAACUCUUUUGAUUAUCUCCAAUCCGUGCAAACACAGACAAGGUUAAAACACACAAUGAUGACAAGCAAAUAUGAAGCGAACUAUUCCAGUAACUCAUCAGCUAACCAUAAAAUUGGUUUUGAGACAGUGGUAAUUGCAAACUGCAUCCUCAAUGUACCUUUGAUGUUGCUAUCCAUCAUUGGUAACGCUCUUGUGUUAGUCGCCAUAUUGAGGACGCCAUCGAUUCGUUCACCGUCCGUCAUUUUUCUCUGCAAUUUGGCUGUUUCAGAUCUUCUUGUGGGAUUGGUGGUACAACCAGUUUAUGUAGCAGCUGAAAUAGCAAGAACCGUCCGAGCAUUAUCACAAGCAGCAGAAACAGUGGGAUUUGCUGGGUGCGGCGUUUCCCUUGCGACGAUGACAGCCAUAACAGUGGAUCGUUUCUUAGCUCUCCACUAUCACCUGCAGUACCCAAAUUUAAUAACAACAAGCCGGGCAAUCUGUACAAUAAUAACU